AUGGAGAUCGAUGACGAUGGUCAACAUGCAGUGAAGGAGGAGGAUGCGACGAAGGGUGUGAGAAGCAGGACUGCUGCUGAAGAGAAUAGUGCUUCUCGGAGUGGGAAGAAAUCCAAAGGAACCGAGAUGGAGGGUUCGGUGAUGGAUGAGGACAAGCUACUCCAAUUGAACGGCGAUGGCGGUCAAUCGGACAACGAGGAAGAGCACUGGAUCGCCAAACAGAAGCGUGAGGAGGAGGAAGCGGCUCUUUUGGAGGGGCUUGGCCAGGAGGAGGUGGAGGAUCCCCUCUGUCCAAGGUAUGUGUUCUCCGCGGAGGAGCAUCGGCAGGACUGUGAGAAGUGGCGUAAAUCCUUGAUCAUCAAGAUGCUUGGCAAAAGAUUGGGAGCCAGAAUCCUCAUUGCAAGGCUUCAAAGGCUUUGGAACCUGGUAGGUUCCUUCGAAACUAUUGAUUUAGACAAUGAUUUUCUUCUGCUGAGGUUCCAGGAGGAUGGCGAUUAUAGGUUCGUUUUGGAGGAAGGUCCCUGGAUCGUUAAUGAUCAUUACGUGGUCGUCCAACGCUGGAGGCCACUAUUUGAUCCUUAUGAUGACAGUGUGACGAAGAUGACUGUGUGGCUGAGAAUCCCUGGAUUGCCUAUGGAGUUGUACACAGUGAGACAUUUGUGGCGCAUUGGUAACAUGUUUGGCCGGACCAUUAAGGUGGACAGAAACUCAUUAAGGAAAAAUGAAUUCGGGGAAGCCAUAACUGAUAGGGGAAAGUUUGUUAGGAUCUGCGUUGAGAUUGAUCUGAGGAGGAGCUUCCUAUCCAAGUUUUGGAUAGGUAACAGGGUGUUGCAUGUAGGAUAUGAGGGACUCCAUCUGAUUUGUUUUAAGUGUGGUCUAUAUGGCCAUAGGAAAGACCAAUGCCCAGAGGUCCAAGCAUCGGGGGUCCAGCGGGGAUCUGAGGUCAGUACUCAGGGAAGGGAGGAGAUUGUCAAGGUGGCAGAGGAUGUGAAGGAGGUAAAGCAGGAGGAGGCUUUCGGGAGUUGGAUGGUGGUUCAGAGGCAGCCAAGGAGUAGAAAACUGAAGGCUAAACCUGUGACUCUGAAAGUGGAGUCUGGGAAUGAGCAGAAGCCUCAUAGUCAAGGAACUCCUGGUCCAAGUACAGUGGUUACUCCUAGAAUGGAGGAAGUGAAGGACAUAGGAGUGGAGCAUCAGAGUAUUGGUAAUGAGGCUAGUCAUGGUUCUGGGGAUUCGGAUAUUAACAUGUUAUCAGUUAAUGAGCCAGUCAUUGUGACUCAAGGAGGAGGGAGUGUUGGCACUGGUCAGCAGAAGAAGCUUAAUUCUCCUGAGAAGGGAACUAGAAGGAGUACUCCUAGGGAGGGUAAGGACCGUGGCAAAGUAGGAGGGAAACCAUAUUCGAAGAAGUCUGGAGCUGAAAACAUCCCUCCUAGUCCGGGUUCAGAUGGCCAGAUCAAAGGGGUGAAUAAAAACAGAGGGAAACCCAUGGCUAGCUCGGAUGGGAUGAACAAGAUUAGUAGUACUUCUACCAGUAUUGCUAAGAGGAACCAGGGUGGGGAUCCUUUGUUGAGGUUGGACCCGGGACUUUCUGGACAGAUUGGGAAAGUGGGGAUUCCUGUCAAAGGAGUGGGGAAGAGUGGGUUCCCUUCUCUGGUUAGAGAUUUAAAAUUCAGGUUCAAAGUCAGUAUUUUGGUUUUGAUGGAGGUUAAGAUUGGUGGUUCUAGAGGUGAGGAGAUUGCUAGGAAGUUGGGUUUCUCUAAUUUCUUUAGGCAGGAUCCGGUUGGUUUCUCUGGUGGGAUCUGGGUUCUAUGGGACAAUAAUGUAGUGGAGGUGGAGGUGUUAAAGACUCACCACCAGGUUGUACAUACUCGGGUGAGGUACCUGGGAGUGGGGAAAGUUAGCUUCAUUUCUUUUGUGUAUGGGAGUCCAAGAAGAUUGGAGGGGAUGGCCCUUUGGCUGGAGUUUGAGGCCAUUAGCUUAGAGUUUAGAGUUCCCUGGUCCCUGGCUUGUAUUGGGAGAUUUUAA